AUGGUCGCUAUCCAGAACCUUGGCCUCGCCGCUUUCGUGUGGCUCGGCCUCGCCAGCAAGGGACUUGCUAUGGGCAUCGAUGAGUCCACUGACGGUCUUUACCUCGUGGAGAGAGACGAGCCCGUAGAGCUUGAGACUCGCACCAGAAAAGGAGGCCGACCUGGAGAUGACCCCCGUACCUGGGGACCCAACGCAGGUGGUCACGGCCCCCGACAGGGAGGCCGGGGAACCCGAAGCGUCGAAGACUUCGAGACUGAGCUCUUCACCCGUACCAGAAAGGGAGGCCGACCUGGUGAUGACCCCCGCACCUGGGGACCUAACGCAGGCGGCCAUGGCCCUCGCCAAGGAGGCCGGGGAACACGGAGCAUUGACGACUAUGAGGGUGAGCUUUUCACCCGUACCAGACGAGGAGGUCGCCCCGGAGAUGAUCCUCGCACCUGGGGACCCAAUGCAGGUGGACAUGCCCCUCGACAAGGACGCAGGGGGCUCGAGACUCGUACCAGACGAGGAGGUCGACCCGGAGAUGAUCCCCGUACUUGGGGACCCAAUGCAGGCGGCCAUGGCCCCCGACAGGGCCCCAAGACAACCCGCGAUUAUGAAGGCGAGCUUUUCACUCGUACCAGAAAGGGAGGCCGACCCGGAGAUGACCCUCGUACUUGGGGACCUAACGCAGGCGGCCAUGGCCCUCGACAGGGAGGAGGCCGCGGAACACGGAGCAUUGACGACUAUGAGGGCGAGCUAUACGCCCGCGCACGCAACAAUCCCGGAUACCACCCUGCUCCUGUCCGUGGCGGUAGCCAACCUCGUACUGGGCACCACGGGACUCGCGACCUGGAGGACUUGGAGUAA